AUGGAAGAAUAGAGUUAUACGCGGUUGCUCAACUAUCGAUUGCUUGAUUUGCAUUCGCAUUAAUCUGAAGGUGAUCGAUACGGGACACGUGACUUUCCAAUUCCUAGGCGAAUGGCUUCCACGUGUGAACUAGAACUAUAUCCGACAUAAAAUAAUGAGAAUCACUGCGCAUUGGUGAAAAGUUCUAGUGGUAUCUUCCUCUAUAAACAGCAUUCUCGCGUCUUCCUCACGAGCAAAACAUUGUACGAAUACAUAGAAUGGACGCCGCGCGUUAGAUACAACACAGUUUAUAAAAUCGACGGAAAAGUAUGCGAGCGCGAGUAUCUGAGGCCUCAUCCGCAGUGCUCUUUGCGGGAGCGUUUGCCAGUCUCAGAGUUGCUGUACUUGGUUCAACAUCAUCCCGUGACGAAGUUACGUUUGCACGGGACUUCCGUCUGGCAGAAUCAUUGAGUUUUUACGACAGGAAGAAAACUAUUCUUCCUACUUUUGGCUCUCGCUCGCGCUGGAGCGACUGCCUUGGAAACUAUACGUAGUGCUCGAAGUGCAUUUCCAUAAAUUGUGAACCGUUAGCCUAGUGAAGGAAAACAGCUGCACAAUAAAUAUAGAAAGACGCACCAUUCAAGAUUCUAGUGGCAACACCCGUUACGUAAGUUUGUCGUGAUACGCGUGAAACUGUGAAAAAAUAUAGACUGCAAGAGGGGACGGCCAGAGGCACAGGUCAACAACAACAACAACAACAACAACAACAACAACAACAGAAACAACAAUUGCGACAGCAGCAACCGAAAAAAACAACUGUGGUGAAAAAUAAAACAGAUUAUCUGUGGAACGCGAGAAAAUGAGCAAUAAAACUGACGUAAGCGUGGAUAAGAUGGAUGAAGAAAUUCCCGACUUUGGUCAGCGUUUCAACGUGAUGAGACACCGAAACCACCUGGUCGACUGUUCGUUCAAGGUGGACGAUAAGAUCUACCAUUGCCAUAAACUGAUCCUGUCGGCUGCAAGUCCUGUGUUCGAGGCCAUGUUCUACGGUUCGCUGGCAGAGAAGCAAACCGUCAAGAUCGCGGAUAUACGGCCGAGCGUGUUCGAACGGAUGCUGGAUUUUAUCUAUAUAGGAACGAUAGAUUUCGAAAAUAUUCUUCAAAUUGAAGAAAUCCUAGAGCUUUACUAUUGCGCCCGAAAGUACAUGAUCGACUGUCUUCACAAGCAGUGUGUCAACUAUUUCGGUAACAGUAUCAACCCUAAUAAUGUGUUGCCAAUACUCGACAUUGCGUACAGUAUGAACCUUGAGGAUAUCAUCUUCUUGUGUCUGUGCGUGCUGAAGCAUUUCCUCACCUCUGGGAUGAGUCUUAGCAAUAUAAUACUGGAGAGCAGCCAUCAUCUCUCCAAAAACUGCGUAGAUCUAAUUCUAGAGGAUAAUUAUGAAGUUAAGGAUAACAUCAUUUGCAUGAUUCGAGCCUGGUGUAUCACCGAAUGCGAACAAAAUCGACUCGAAAUCAGUAGCGACAGCUUGAAGACUAUUCUGCAAGACAUCGAGCUUCCGGAGAAGCUAAAAGACACAAUCGUAGAUUGUUGCUUCACAAGCUUUCAGCCGUUUUCAUCGCCGGACAAGUACAACUGGACACCCGUACAACGAACUCAUUAUAAAGCUGUCCGGCCGUUGAUCAUCGGUGACGAGAUGUCUUUCGAAGCGAGCAUCUCCUGCAAUCGAUUCAUCGUCCUAAAAUCUAUCUCUAUCAAUAGUAGAUUGACGCCCCAGCUGCAGCCAACUGACCUCCGUCGAGAUACGUACACAGAAAACAUUGCGGUGGAAAUCUGCUCCAAAUUUAACAACAAAGUCGAUCCGAUUUACCGGAAGCAACAUUUCAUCUGUGACGUUGCCUUCAACAACAGCUUGGAAAUCAAGCUAGAGAACCAUAUCGUUCUGUUCCCGGACAUCAGCUAUCUCAUCCGACUCAAGUGGGGUCCCGAAAGCUUGGGGUACGAAUAUCCGCGGAGUAUUUUGUCUUCUUAUGGCAAGAGCAAGCAGUUCCGGGUCAAUUUCAGCGAAAGUAUAUACCUGGAAACCGAGGGAAGUAUUCUGAGUGGAAUUAUCUGUGAUCUGUACAAGUAGGAAGUUCGGUGGGAAAUCAUUUUCCACCGGAACGGGAAUGCAGGGAUCAGGCUCUCGGACGGUGGAUGUGCUUUAGAAAUAGCUAUUAAAUAAAAGCUAAUUGUGCUGAGAUAUUUGUUAACUGAAUACGAUUUCAUCAAUUUGAAUAGAUUAUUGUGAUUCGAUUUUUCUCAAAUUACCUGUAUCAGAUAAUUAACGAAUAAAGCGCUAGGUUAAAAAUUCGAAUAAAAAUGCUAUUUAAAGAUC